UGAUGUGUACGCAUUACGUUACCAUAGCUACGUCAUUUCGUUAGGGAGUCAAUACCGCCUCCGCCAUAUUGUAGGAAAUCCGUCUAUGGGUUGCCACUAGUUACCACAGCCACAAAGGCAACAUUUCCUAUAAUCGUAAAAAUGUAUUAUUAUUAUUGUGUUGCUUUUUUGUCUUAAUUUAAGUUUAGGCAUAAAGUUAGCAUUGGGUUAUGGUUAGGAUUAAAAUCAGAUUUUAAGAAGAUACAUUUUAGAAAUAGGAGGGGUUUAUUACUUGUGGUUGUGGUAAAUAGUGACGACCGUCUGUGUGCGCUGUCAGAUUAGAGUUUAAUCCGUGGGGUUACGGUCAGAACGGGAACAAUAGCUAGUUACACCUGGAACAGGGCUCGAUAACCGCGAGGAAACGCUGGUUUGAAAGCGACAGGUUUUAUGGAUGAAUCAUCUAAGUAAUCCAAGCAAUUUGAUAAUGAGGUUACUGACUAACGUUAACAUUAGCAUUCAAAUGGAUUGCAAGUGAUUUGUCAAUCUGAUACCCAGCUAGUUUGCUAGCUAACUCUUAAAGUCGAAAAUCGCAUUAACUUUAUCCACUAAGUAAAUAGUCAAGAUUUUUGCUACACGGGACAAUCACCACUUCUCCGUUUUCUAUGGUCCAUAUCAAUUUGUGACAUUUUGACACGGAUUAACGCUGUUAGUGUUAGCAAUCGAACCUAAUCAAAUCAAACCUCUCGGGAAGAAUACAAAUCUCUAUUCAUUCUCAUAACUUCAAGACGGAGUAACCAGCUGGCGCUACAAACUAGCUAGUAAAACUAGCUCAUCAAACUUGGUCCUGAGUGGAGGCCAGACGGAACUAACAUGUCUGGAAAAGACAAAGACAAGGAGAACGCCGGAGAAAAACAAUCUACAACUGAGCGGCUCGUAAAAGCCGUGCCGUACCCUCCCCAGCAGCGUCUCUCUAUGAAGGAGCUGUUUGAGGAUGGCAAGCCCAACACAGAGACGCUCCGCACCCACCUAGUGAAGGAGGGCCGGCUGGAGGAAGAGGUGGCCCUCCGGGUCAUCAACGACGGCGCCAACAUCCUGAGACAGGAGAAAUGCAUGCUGGAGGUAGAGGCACCCAUCACAGUGUGUGGAGAUGUCCAUGGCCAGUUCUUUGACCUAAUGAAGCUGUUUGAAGUGGGAGGCUCGCCCAGCAACACACGUUAUCUGUUCCUGGGAGACUACGUAGACCGAGGCUACUUCAGUAUUGAGUGUGUGCUGUACCUCUGGUCACUCAAGAUCAAUCACCCGACCACACUCUUCCUCCUGCGAGGGAACCACGAGUGCCGGCACCUCACAGAGUACUUCACCUUCAAACAGGAAUGUAAGAUCAAGUACUCAGAGCGCGUGUACGAUGCCUGCAUGGAAGCCUUUGACUGCCUGCCACUCGCUGCUCUCCUCAACCAACAGUUCCUGUGUGUACACGGCGGUCUCUCCCCAGAAAUCAACUGCCUAGACGACAUUAGGAAAUUAGACAGGUUUAAGGAGCCUCCAGCAUUCGGCCCUAUGUGUGACCUGAUCUGGGCUGACCCAGGAGAGGACUACGGCAGUGAGAAGACAGCAGAACACUUCAACCACAACUCUGUUCGAGGCUGCUCCUACUUUUUCAGUUACCCGGCAGUAUGUGACUUUUUGAUAAAUAAUAACUUGCUSUCGGUAAUAAGAGCACACGAAGCACAGGAUGCAGGGUAUCGGAUGUACAGAAAAAGCCAGACUACAGGCUUUCCUUCAUUAAUUACAAUCUUCUCAGCACCAAAUUACCUAGAUGUAUACAACAACAAAGCUGCUGUGUUAAAGUAUGAGAACAAUGUGAUGAACAUUCGGCAGUUCAACUGCUCCCCCCACCCCUACUGGCUGCCCAACUUCAUGGACGUCUUCACCUGGUCUCUGCCCUUUGUUGGAGAGAAAGUGACAGAGAUGCUGGUGAACGUGCUGAACAUCUGCUCAGAUGAUGAACUCAUGUCAGAAGGAGACGACCUGUGUGGAGAAGACGGUGGAAUCCCAGCAGUGCGCAAGGAGGUGAUUCGGAACAAGAUCCGAGCCAUCGGGAAAAUGGCCAGAGUCUUCUCUGUUCUCAGCUAUUCAAGGCUUCUCUCCCACGAGGAAGAUCAAGGACUUUGCGGAGGCGCAGAGCCUGGACAAAGUCAACGAGAGGAUGCCCCCACGCAAGGAUGGCCAGCAGCCGGUCAACCCAAACACCCCCAAGAAUGGCACAGACUAGGCCCGGAGAGUGACCCCUCUCUCAUCCCCACCAGACCCAGGCCAUGGCCCUGUCUCAUACACCAAAACUAUCUCCUCUCGCUCUCUGUUUUCUAUCUCCCUCAUUCUCUCUAUCUCUCCCUCUCUCUAUAUCUCCCUCUAUCUUUCUUUAUUUCUCUCUCUCUCUCUCUCUGUCCCAUUGUGACUCUUCACCCAGCUGGCCUAUAGUUGGACAAGCACAGGACAUGUAGGUAGGGAAGACGCCAUCACACUGGGAGAAUGGUUUCAGCCACCACAGAGUACAACCAUGAAAAWAAAKAAAAAAAACGAUUUUAUUUAUUAAAUGAAGUAUAUUAGGUAUAUUAUGUAAGGCUACAAUUUGAGUGAAAGCAUACAUUUCUAAGACGUUCAAAUAAGCAUAUAACUAUGGUAAAUGUCAAAGAUAAAGACCAUUUUGUAAAUUUGAGUUGAUGAUUGAGGUAGCUAGUAAAGGAGACCUUAUCCUUUAUUAGUCAAUUAAAGUGUUUCUAUUGUUAUUUUA